GUGUGUUCGCGCCCGCGCGUGGAUUCGAGUGUGAAGUGCCAAGCGAGGUGACUGGCGGCAGCCUUGGGACUGAACCGCCGCCGCCUCCAGGAACUAGUCUCCUGGCUUGCUUGGGAACACGAGAAGCGGAAGGAUUUUCACUGCUAACCUUGGAGAUGUUAUGAAUUUUGGUGUGGAAUCUCUCGAGUGUUGUUCUGCAGUUUGUAAGAUCGAUCACUCCUGCACAAGAUUAAUACACUUCCGCUUUAACAGAUGUUGAGUACUCUGAAAAAAUAUCAAGUGGCUGGCAUUUGUCGCAAUUUUCCCUCUCUAGCGCAUCAUCGGAGCUUGGCUUGGAUACCAAAACCCUAACCCUAAGCAUCCCAAUCCCCAUCCCCGCAAAACCCUAGCCCCAAGCCCCCUACGCAUCCCUCCUCGCCUCCGCCGCCAUGGCAGGCCCAUCCGACGGCGCUGCUUCCUCCUCCCGCAGCGUCCCUGAGAACCGAUUCUACUAUCCUCCCCACGUCCGCCGCCAGCAGCAGCAGCAGCGGCGGCUGCAGGGGCACCGGUCCCCGUCGCCGUCUCCACGGUCGGCGAGGCAGAAGCCGGGGGCGGUGGCCGCGCCCGCGCCGACGGAUGUGGACAGCCGGGUGGAUUCCGAUGACUCCUCGUCGACGACUUCGUCGAAGCCGUCGGUGGCGUCCACGGCGGCGGUUGAGGUGAAUGCGACUGCGGUGGACGCGGGGGCGGUGGAUGAGGCUGUGAAUUUGGAGAGAUUUCUUACCUCUACGACGCCUUCGGUGCCCGCGCAGUACUUGCCCAAGACAAGCCUAAGGAUGCAGAGAAGUGGCAAUGUUAUGGUUUCACGACCUUAUUUCUGCCUUGGAGAUCUGUGGGAGUCUUUCAGGGAAUGGAGUGCUUAUGGGGCUGGUGUUCCACUGGUGUUAAAUGGCAGUGACUCUGUGAUACAGUACUAUGUGCCAUAUCUUUCUGCUAUCCAACUGUAUGCAGAUCCAUCGAGACCCAAUUCAAGAACCAGGCGUCCUGGGGAUGAAAGUGAUGGGGAAUAUAUGGAUACUAGCAGUGAGAGCAGCAGUGAAAAUGAUGUUGACCGGCUAAGAGUCCCAUCCAUGGAUGCUACACAUUGGCUGGAAAAUGGUGGCCUACGAAGUGAUGAUGGUGAAGCUUAUGCAUCUUCAAGUUUUCCAAUAUUUGAGUAUCUGGAGAGGGAUCCUCCAUAUGGUAGAGAACCUCUGACAAACAAGGUAUCAACUCUUGCAGGUAGAUUUCCAGCUCUGAAGACGUUCAAAAGCUGUGAUCUGCUCCCAUCUAGCUGGAUGUCUGUCGCAUGGUACCCCAUAUAUAGAAUUCCAACAGGACCAACGUUGAAGGAUCUUGAUGCCUGUUUUUUGACAUUCCAUUGUCUAGCAACACCUUGCAAGGAUUGUGAGCCUUCUAUGCCAGCAUGCCCUGGUUUUGGGGGAGUCAACCGCUGCACUAAUGCAACAGGCAAACUAUCUUUGCCUAUCUUUGGGCUGGCGCCUUACAAAUUCCGCACCUCCAUUUGGGCAUCUGAUGGAACCCGAGAGCACGAUGGCGUCACCUCACUGAUGCGGGAGGCUGACAACUGGCUGCGCCAGAUACAUGUAGACCAUCCGGAUUUCCGGUUUUUCGUCUCCCAUUUCAGCACAACAUGGAGAUGACUGUAAAUGCUUGAUAGUACGACUGCUCGCCGUUUGAACUGAACUGCCUUUAGCACAUCUAUCUAUGGCGCAUAGAGACCGAGUGCCCUCAUGUA